CCAUUGACGCUCCUGCAACACUUUGCGUGCUUGUGAGCGAGUGUGUGCAAGUGUGUGUGCAAGCGUGUGUGCGUGCAUCAGACUUCACUGUCAUUCCACAUCCAGCAUCCGUCCAAGAGGGGAAUUAUCAUCAUCUUUUUACACCUCGUAUUGUGGAAAAACGAAGGAUGUCUUAUCAAGGCAAAAAGAACAUCCCGAAGAUCACAAGCGACCGGCUUCUUAUCAAAGGCGGCCGGAUUGUGAAUGAUGACCAAUCCUUCCAUGCAGACAUCUACAUGGAAGAUGGCCUCAUCAAGCAGAUCGGCGACAACCUGAUUGUGCCCGGCGGGGUGAAGACAAUCGAAGCCAACGGCAAGAUGGUGAUCCCCGGCGGCAUCGAUAUUCAUACCCACCUCCAGAUGCCGUAUCGUGGGACCACCACCGUGGAUGACUUUGCUCAGGGGUCCAAGGCGGCUCUCGUUGGGGGCACGACCAUGAUCGUGGACCAUGUGAUCCCAGAGGUUGGCAGCAGCUUGUUGGCGGCCUACGAUCAGUGGAGGCAGUGGGCUGACGAGAAGGCCUGCUGCGACUACGCACUCCACGUGGACAUCACCCACUGGAACGACAGCGUCCAGCAGGAGGUGGACAACCUGAUGAAGGACAAAGGUGUGAACUCAUUCCAGGUGUACAUGGCUUACAAGGACUACUACCAGAUGAGCAACAGCGAGCUCUAUGAGGUGUUUACCUUCUUGGCGGAAAGAGGCGGCAUCGCUCAGGUGCAUGCGGAAAAUGGAGAGAUCAUUGCAGAGGAGCAGGCCCGUAUGCUGCAAAUGGGAAUCACCGGACCGGAGGGACACGUGUUGAGUCGGCCAGAAGAGUUGGAGGCAGAAGCCGUGUUUCGGGCCAUCACCAUCGCCAGCCAGACCAACUGUCCCCUCUACGUGACCCGCGUCAUGAGCAAGAGUGCGGCAGACAUCAUCUCACAGGCCCGUAAAAAAGGAAACGUCGUGUUCGGUGAGCCAAUUACGGCUAGCCUGGGCACGGACGGGACGCAUUAUUGGAGCAAGAACUGGGCCAAGGCGGCUUCGUUUGUUACGUCUCCACCUCUUAGUCCUGACCCAACUACUCCAGACUACUUGAACACGCUCCUAUCCAGCGGAGACUUGAGUGUGACUGGCAGCGCUCACUGUACGUUCAGCGUGUCUCAGAAAGCCAUCGGCAAGGACGACUUCACUCAGAUCCCAGAGGGCGUCAACGGGUUGGAGGAGAGGAUGACCCUCAUCUGGGACAAAGCUGUGACUACAGGCAAAAUGGAUGAGAACAUGUUUGUGGCGGUUACCAGCACCAACGCGGCUAAGAUCCUGAACCUGUACCCGCGCAAGGGUCGGAUCGCCGUGGGCUCCGAUGCCGACCUGGUCAUCUGGGACACCGACGCCAUCCGAACCAUCACGGCAAAGAAACACAAUUCGACUGCAGAGUACAACAUCUUUGAAGGCAUGGAGCUGCGUGGCGCGCCUCAGGUGGUCAUCUGUCAGGGGAAGAUCGUCCUGGAAGACGACAACCUCCACGUGACCUCGGGCGCGGGCCGCUUCAUCCCCUGCUCGCCGUUCCCCGACUACGCUUACAAACGUGUCAAAGCCAGGAAGCAGCUGGCCGUCCUGAGGGCAGUGCCCAGGGGGAUGUAUGACGGCCCCGUGUCGGAAUACUCCAUGUCACGUGGCGGCACCCCGUCCGCCUCGGCUCGUACGUCACCCACCAAGCAGCCUGUCAGGAACUUGCACCAGUCUGGAUUUAGUCUAGCAGGUAACCCUGCACCAUGCGGUCCCCCUAUUCCUGAUGAAGUCUCGACAAGGCCUCCCGGUCGUCGUAUUAUGGUGCCCCCUGGUGGCCGUUCCAACAUCACCUCCCUCAGUUAAACUCCACCCACCCAUCCAGCCCAAGGAGGACUUAAGAGUGCGCCUCCAGGAAAGAGUGUGUGUUCAUGUAUGUGUGAUGGGAGGUAGAGCUGACUCGAACGACCACGACUAAUUAAAAACAACAAAAAAUGCCUUACCUGUCACUAUGCUAGUCUUUGGUUGCUCAAAAGGAAACACAUUUUGGCAACAUUGAAUGGGUCUUUUUAUCUUAUUUUAUUUGAAAAAAGAUAAAACAACCAAAGCACAACCAGUCCCAGCCUUCCUUCUCAACCGUUGUGUACUGGUGCUCUUGGUAGUAAGUGAUCUGUAUAAAAAAAAAAAGU